GAUCGAAACCAAAAAUUAAAUCAAAUUAAAAAUUCCACAAUAUUUACAAGCUCUAACUGAUUUCCAAAUGGAGGAUCCACGCAAAAGCGACCUAAAGAAGCUGACAAAUGCCAUCAGCUUUCUGCAGAAGCGCAAGGACUCGCAUGAGCAGCAGGUCAUCGUCGAGGAGGUGAAACUGGCAGAGCAGAGCCUGGCAGCGAAUGAUGCAUCCCACAAGAAAAUCGAUCAAAUGGGCAAGGUGCAGGACUUGCAGUGGAUGUUGUCGCAGGAUUAUCAUGAGCUGAAGCUACUCAACGAAACACUGCAGACCUUCCUGGACAUGAACCAGGAUAUGAAGGAUACAGAGUUCUGCAAAGCUGCCACCCAAUACAUCGACGAGCACUGCAACAAGUCGGAACUUGAGGCACCACCACAACCACCCAAGUAGCUCCCAGAUCCCCCUACAUCCCCCGUUGAGUCACACACAAAAAAACUUGUUAAUCUCAGCGCCUUGGUCAAAAGUUAUGAUAAUAAAGGAACAACCAAAUGGGGUCUUUGCUGUCCGCAUGGACACAUAAAUCCGUGAAGGACAAAACUUCCUG